AUGGGGAUGAUGCAACAUCAUUCUCCCCGAAGCUACUGUCCUGCGCAGCCAUUGUAUGGCAGUAUGCAAAGGGUGGCGUCUUUGAAACUUUGCCUGACUGGAGCUCCAUUGUUCCCAACGACCCCAGAAUCAAGGGCCACCCCCGCUUCUGGAAAACAGUUGACUACAUUCCUUCCGCUGUUGAUGUUCACACCCACCAGACUGACACCUUCUAGUGAAGCUGUCAUCAUGAAGACUGCCACACCAGAGGCUGAACUUGUUCCAAGGUCGCCAUCUCCAAUAUGUGCUUUGCUGGAAGCUCUCACCCCUCCCCCUCCAUCGCCUCCUCAGCCAGCAAAAUUUAAAUAUUUGUUCCAGCCCAUGGAGGCAUUCUUGCCGGUCGCCACAGACAACAUGAUGUCAUUGGAAGCACAGGGCUCAUUGGACAUGGCUGAAGACAGGGGUUUUGGGGAUGCAGAGAGUUGGCCUGCCGAUUGGGCCUGUAUUUCACCAUUGCCACUGCGGGUAGAGCGUUGGAGUCAGGGAGAGGUCGCAAGCCCAGGCAAAAACAAGGCAGCGGAAGCAGCUGCCAAUCCAGUGAAACACUCAAAGUCCUCAGCUGUGAGUAGGCAUCUGGCGAAAAUUGGCCAAUAA